AUGGCCGAGGCGAAGCGGUUCGCGAUGGUGUGCGCGGCGAACAUGAACCGCAGCAUGGAGGCGCACAAGGUGGCCCUCAACGCCGGUUUGGACGUCAAGUCCUACGGCGCGGGGAACAGGGUCAAGCUCCCGGGCGCGAGCCGCGAUAACCCCAACGUCUUCGAGUUCGGCAGCGUGACGUACAAGGACAUCUACGACAAGCUCAUGGCCGAGGACGAGAAGCUCUACACGCGAAACGGACUGAAGGACAUGCUGGAGCGCAACAUGACGAUCAAACCCGCGCCGCAGCGGUGGCAGGACAGCGAGGUCGACGUCGACGUCGUCGUGUGCUUCGAGGAGAGGGUGUUCGACAACGUGGUGUCCGACCUGAAGGGACGCGUGGGGGGUUCGGGGGAGCCGCUCCUGGUGAUCAACCUGGACGUCAUCGACUCGCACGAGGAGGCGCUCAACGCGGGGCCGCACGCGCUCAAGCUGUGCGAGAUGAUCGACGCGAGCGACGAUUGGGAGUGCGAGUGCGACGAGAUCAUGGACAGCUCGCGAGGUAAUCCAUGA